AUGAAGAAGACCGUCACCAAAGCCGAGCGGCGGCACGGCGGGAGCACGUCGGCCUCCACCGAGUUGAUUUCGGUCGAUGUGGAUCGGAAGGUUCUUGGCUUCCCUCGAUGCCUACGCCCCUUCCUACCUCCAGUUUUCCAGUGCGCUGCUGGACAUCUGAUUUGUUCGACCUGCCACGGCGACCUCCCGGACAAGGACAAGUGCGUUUCCUGCUUCAUCAACACGGGCUACACACGGUGCUUCAUUCCCACAAGCUACAGCCGCUGCCAUGCCGUCGAGCAUAUCGUUCGAUCCGUCCAUGUUGCUUGCCUCUACACCGUCUACGGGUGUACUGCCAAGAUCCUCUACCAUGAGAAGGCGGAGCACGAGAAGACGUGCCCCAACAUGUAUGGCUUCGGCGGCCUUCCCGGACGGGUUGUGAAGAUGGGCCCUUGCGGUGGCGCAGGUGGCGACGCCAGAGACAUGAACCCGCGCUUCGUCGACCGUAUCACUAAUGUGAUCCUCCGCCACGGUGCUGCGAUCUACGCCAUAGCGGUGUUGGUCCAGGAGGACGAGCACCUGAUUAGGAACACCGGUCUGUGGGGAACGCUUGGAGGAAUCUGUCUGGAGCCUGAUGAGUACCUCACCAGCGUGAGAGGGUAUGUAGGCCACUUCGAAGGCUGGUUCGUUGUGAGAUCUCUCACGUUCGUCGGCAACAGGCGCACUUUUGGGCCAUACGGGGCGGAGGAAGGCACGCCGUUUGAGCAGCUCGCGGCCAUCAUACUAUCACUGUAG